CUUAAAUUGGUCUGUCAUCGUGAGUAAGCCAACUUGCACGCAUAAAUGGUUGCAUACUUUCGUGAUAUCUCAUAAUUACCUAGUUGUGUAGCAGCUAUAAAGAUUUGGUUACUCUGUGCUAAUUAUGGCACUACAUGGAAAGGUGUGUCUGGUGACAGGGGCUACUCGAGGAAUAGGCAGAGGAAUUGCCCUUCAGCUGGGGGAGUCUGGAGCUACUGUUUAUAUCACAGGAAGGACUUUGAAGGCAUCUGAAGGAUCCAAAGGUUCUUUAGAGGAUACAGCUAAAGAGAUUGAGGAUCGUGGCGGUAAAUGCAUACCUGUUCAGUGUGACCAUUCUGAUGACCACCAGGUGGUGCAGCUGUUUGAGCGCAUUGGUCGAGAACAGAAUUCUAGGUUGGACGUUCUUGUAAACAAUGCAUACACAGCUGUGACUGCAAUAUUUGACUCUAUUUCUGAUAAAGCUAGUUUUUGGGAGCAAGAUCCAAAGAUUUGGGAUACAGUCAAUCAUGUUGGACUCAGGAACCAUUAUUUGUGUUCUGUGUAUGCAGCCAGGAUGAUGGUGCCCGCAAAGCAAGGGUUAAUCGUCAACAUUUCCUCUGUUGGAGGCUUAAAGUAUUUGUUCAAUGUUGCAUACGGCAUUGGUAAAGCAGCAGUAGAUCGCAUGGCAGCUGACUGUGCCAUAGAGUUGAAAAAAUCAAAUGUUGCCUAUGUUAGUCUAUGGCCAGGUGCUGUGAAAACUGAACUUAUGGUUGGCUUCUCCGAAGAUCGGGAAUACAUUAAGGGAAUGCUGGAAACUGCAGAGACUGUGGAAUUUUCUGGAAAGUGUAUCACAGCACUUGCACUUGAUCCAAACAUCAUGAAAAAGAGUGGAAGAAUUCUGCUUACAAGUGAACUUGCAGAGGAGUACAACAUAGUAGAUCUCGAUGGAACGUUACCAGAUUCAAUGAGGUCACUGCGCACUUUGCUGCGGUUUACUGGAUGGCGUGCAACUGCAGAUUGGUGCCCACGUUGGCUCAAACUUCCAUACUGGACGUUAACUGUUUUUGCCAGCAAGUUUUAAAGUCUAAACUGACAAGUUCAUAAAUCUUACAGAUAUUAUUAUAUGUAACGUAUAUAUUAACAUAUAUAUUACGACAUGCUGUGAGAAGCUCAUAGAUUGUGUUUACUGAAAAGUACAAUGCAUUUCAUAUCACACGUAUGAGCAGGAAAAUGGCAAGGGAAUAGCUUGUUAAUUAUGCUGCUUUGUGGUGCCUUAUGGUUGGUAAUGGACCACAUAUGUGUGAUUGUAGGUACGGACCAUGUUAUACCAAGAAUCUAUGUAGGCUAUAUUAUUGAAUUUCAAUAUGCUUAGGUUCAUAGCUAUGCCCACCAGAUAAAAGCAGUCAACGAAUUUUUAUUAAUUGAAAGUUUGUUUCUUCUCUUUUACAGUGUAUCUAUUAAUUUUAUCUGGAGUGAAUCAAAACAAAUUUAUUUUUAUUCACUGCUGAUUUCAAUUAUAUAUAUUUUAAUUUUUACAAUUGUAUUUUAUCAUAUUAGUUAUUGUAAAAUCCUGUUGUAUAGUUUUCGAGGAACUACUCUUGAUGAUACAUUUGAACCUAAUUUGCAAAUAUUUUACAUGCCGGUAAACAAUUGUGGAACAUGUAUAUGCAUAUAUACUUGUACUUGAAUGAAGCGUUUUAAUUUUGCAUUUGGGAUGUCAAAAGAUUUUUACUCUGCAAUUUAUAUGAACAUAUCGCAUUAAAGAGUGUUGUCAUUGUUAAAUUUUUUGCAUAGUGUAACUAAACAAUCCUCUAUAGACUAUAUCUUAAGAAUCAUUGAAUAGGAAUAUGAAACAAAUUGCUUAAAAUAUAUAAGUUUAAAAAAUGACAACGAUACAUGCUAUUCCCUACAGUCAGUAGGCUUAGUGGAUAAUGUUGUUACUGUUAGAAUAUGACGUGUUUUUCAUAUGUGUAACAUAAAUAUUGCAUUUGGUGUUGUUGUAUGGUUAAACACGCGUUGAAAGUUAAUAAAAGAAGUCGUUGUUAAACCGUAAA